GCGAUCGCGAUGCAAAUCGGUCUGAUCCGCAGUGACGUCUUCGCACAGUAUCCCUACCAUCGACAGGUUCCCGCAGCCCCAGUCUCAUAGAGUGUCGUACAUUCUGCGCGGUGAAAUCAGUGACCAAAAAUUCAUACACAAUCGAAUGGGUCUCUUGGAUAGGUUGCGCUGCAGGAUUACCCAAAGAAACGUCCGCCGGAAACACGCUCACUAUGCACUGGAAGGGGUUACGGAUCGGUUCUUCUGAUAGCAAUGAAGCCAAGCGACGGAGCUACUUGUUCGAGCCAAACGCACAAUCCCGCCAUAGCGAACAAAUACCACGUCCCACACUCUCCACGACCGCACUCAACCCAAGACGCUCCGAGUCGGCCCCUCGCUCACCCUCUCUGGCCGGCCCAGAAUUCGACGACCAUGCGAAUGAAGGACAGGGCAACAAUGGUCUCACAGGAACACGCAGUCGCACGGAUGACGCAAGCCCGAGACCGAGAAAUACGGGCCAUCCACCUUUGCCGGGGAGCGGUCCCAAUUGGCGCAUAAACCGGUUCAGCUUCAUGAGACUCCGCCACGCGUCGGACCCUCAGCUGUCCAAGUCGUAUGCCAAAGGAGAGAAAGAUAUACCUCCUGUGCCCGAACUUCCACCUCCGACUAUCAUCACGACUGCUCCGACGGGUCAUGAAAUCGACGAGCCGGUCAAGCGUAAGACGAAGUUCAAAUUUUUCCCGGAUAACAAGAAGGCCUCGACGGAAGAACUCCCUCUUGAGCAAGGUAGUCUCCAUGGAAGACCACGAUAUGUCGCCCAAUCUUCGACAGGAUCACAAGCCGCGGAUACCAGUCGCUCGAUUUAUCGUGUGAGCGGUGAGGAGCCAGGUCGUUUAUCGACUACAUCGAUUCGGAGUAACGGGCGGGAUCAUCUGGCGGAGUCUAAUCGUUCUUCGAUGGUUGACGUGCGGUUCUCUGAGUCUUCUCGGUCUGACCAGAGCUCUGGUGAUCACGGAGCUGCCCGUCCAGUACCCUCCAAUGAAGGCUCAAUAUCGAGCGCGAAACGAUUCCGUAUGCCACGCUUGAAACGAAAUCGCAACCCUCUGUUCCCCCUACCACCCAGACCCACUGCGUCACAAUCGAUGAACGGUCGCACUCCCAAAUCCUUGAAUGGCCAAACAGGCCCCAAGCCAACUACACCAGAUGCGCAAGAGCAAGACAACAUCUCCCCGUUACCGUCUCCUUCUCGUUCCGCAGGCGUUGCGUCCCCCCGACCGCCUCUUUUGAGGAAUGACUCCGCCAAUUCGACCCACUCCGCUCGUUCAACGCCCUCGACCAGGAACCGAAACCCCUUGACUACACGCGCGCGUUCGUCAACGUUGGACUCCUUGGCGAACAUACGUUCCAGUGAGCAGCAGGCAUCGCCUCAUCUUACACCUUCCGGACGUACGUCGACCUCGACUAGCGGGCGCAAAAGCUUUGGUGAUAUUUUCAGCAUCCCCCAACGACUCCGACAGAAUUCCGAGCCACCCUAUCCUCGCAGCGGUUCACCUGCUGCCCGAGGCGCAGACACUCCUGUCUCGAAAACGCCAUCCUAUCCGGCCAGGCAGGAGGAUGACACGCCAGCCACGUACCUAGAGCGUUUGGAAGCUGCGAUUUCAAAAAGCGCUAUCGCUAGUGUGCUCUCACAAGCAAAUGACGAAUUUCACAAAACCGCAUUGCGCAAGUACAUGCGGGGGUUCUCGUUCUUUGGCGACCCAAUUGACAUGGCCAUUCGAAAGCUAUUGAUGGAGGUGGAAUUACCAAAGGAGACGCAGCAGAUUGACAGAUUCCUCCAAAGCUUUGCGGAUCGAUACCACGAAUGUAAUCCUGGUAUCUUCGCAAAUCCAGACCAGGCAUACUUCAUCGCGUUCUCUAUCCUAAUUCUGCACACUGAUGUUUUCAACAAGAACAACAAGCGCAAAAUGCAAAAGCCGGACUAUGUGAGGAACACUCGAGGGGAAGGCAUAUCAGAGGACAUUCUUGAAUGCUUCUAUGAGAACAUCUCCUAUACGCCCUUCAUCCAUAUCGAGGACACCAACCUCAAUGGACGUCAUCUCCCAAAGCCCCGACGAGCUCUAUUCAAAACCGCCAGCUCCGAUCACUUGGGUAAAGAGCCAGUAGAUCCUUAUACCUUGAUCAUGGACAACAAGCUCGACUCCCUUCGCCCAAGUCUGAAGGAUGUCAUGAACCUCGACGAUACUUACCGUUGUGAUGGCACGGAAGGACCUCCGGACAUAGAAGGUCUCCAUCGAGCAUUCUCAAGAUCUGCGGUCCUGCAGAUCGUCUCCGCCCGGUCCCGUCCCGACGCUUUCAUGCCGUCCAGUAUGGAGAACCCGAUUGACUCGAGCCCAGGUCUAGUCGACAUCAAAGUGGCAAAGGUCGGUCUGCUUUGGCGCAAAGACCCAAAGAAGAAAAAAGCCCGAUCUCCGUGGCAGGAAUGGGGCGCUCUUCUUACUUUCUCGAAACUGUACUUUUUCCGGGACGUCAACUGGGUUAAGUCCCUCAUCCACCAACACGAGUCACACGUCAAGGAAGGUCGCCGUCGGGCCGUUACCUUCAAGCCCCCUCUGACCGACUUCAAACCUGAUGGCAUGAUGCCGACAGAAGAUGCUGUUGCUUUGCUUGACUCUAGUUACAAGAAGCAUAAGAAUGCGUUUGUUUAUGUCCGCUCUAACGCUCUUGAAGAGGUCUUCCUGGCCAACUCGGAAGCUGACAUGAAUGAUUGGCUGGCAAAACUUAAUUAUGCGGCCGCGUUCAAGACCACUGGGGUUCCAAGCAAAGGGAUGAUAGCAACCAACUACGAGGCACAGCGCAAUCGCAUGAGUCGCAGGGGCUCCUCUGCGUCUUUGACAGACAGAGAACCACCAUCCCCGAAUCCUGCGGCCGACAUGGGCGAGGACAUGCUCGCAUCACAGGCUCAAUUAAUGCGUUACAAAAUUCGAGAGGCCAACGAGAAAUUAUUCGUCAGCCAGAGGCAGCUCGAUGAUCUGUUGCGGAACGCGAGGCAUCUACAGGUGCUGACUCCCGUGAACUCUAGAGCCCGCGAACAGGUCAUCAUGGCAGCUGGUCGCAUGGCCGCCAAGCUUAAAUGGGUGAGACAGGACAUAUGGCGUACCAGGUGCUACAGGGAGGUGCUUGUUCGAGACUUGGGUGAGGAGGUGAAAGAGGCCCCGCCCACGACUGAACCAAAAGGCCUUCAGCUCCAGAUUCCUGCUCCGAGCGCUAGCAAUGCUGUAGAGGGACCGUACGAGGAAGCCGAGACCAUUCAAGUCACCUCUCCCAUUCGGGAAGCUUCUCCACAUCCAAGCUCUGCAAAACCACCUUCCAUCUCUGAGCCACCCUCACACCCUGCCUCGGCGGAUGUGAGAAGGCCGAGCAUUCCGGCAUCCUUCGCUUCGUUUGAUCAGCCUGAUCGCGCUAGUAGGCGUCUUUCUGUUGACGCCGCCAAGGAACGUGCCAUGUCAAGUUCCCCUGAUCGUGCAAGCCGACUCACUCGGGAGGCUUCUGUUCUUAGUGCUGCCAGCCGAAUGGACGUUGUGAGCCUUGGAUCCCACGCAUCUAAGCUUACCGUGCCCAAUAGUUUCGAUGAAGGCGAAGAGCGCAUCCUACGGGAAACUGGUCUCCUAGAAGCCUCGCGAAGGCCGUCUCUUGCCUCUAAGGAUAACGAAACUGAAUCGAAGCACGAGGACACGCAAUCUAAGACCUCGAUCGAUCGCACAAGUCGAAUCCGACGCAGUCUUCACCGUACCCUUCGCGAUGCGCCGAGCGUACACGGAAAUCACCCACGAAGCAAGAAAGCACGCGACUCAGCCUCCAGCCUGGCCGCGCUCGAGGAUGCGCAAGGUACGCAUGAUGGUGAAGGUCUGUCGCGAAAGUCCGCUAGCUUUACGGUACACGGCAAGAAGGCCUCGAUCGUCACCUUCGGGAGCGAAUGGCAGAAUAUGCCGCCGGAGGAGCGCUUGAAGUUGCGGAAACCCACCCCGUCUGACGAGCCGCGAGCAUCAGACCCAGCUAUUGGCAGCGGUGGCGAGUCCAUUACCUCCGAAACCAAUUUACAUCCACGCUACCCGCACUCUUUGCGGAGUACCAGCCCUGGAGCGCGCGAAAGUGUUCAUUUCUAUGAUGAGACGGAGGAGUUCAAGGAGGCCUCUGAGACUCUUUUCCCUGAGGAGAAGAAGGUCGAGAACGAUGAUAUUGCCGAUUCGAGUGCCAAGAUGUCUGAAAUCUCCUUUCCCACCGCUAUUCGAGAAGCGCCUCUGAGCAUCAUCGACGAGCCUAUGUCCCCCAAAGCCGGUAGUAGCACUGCCAUUGACGAGCAACCACCACCUCCAAAACUACCUCCUAGCUCUCCCGAGCAAGCCGUCCAUGCAUAACAAGCCCCACCCUUGUCUAGGCUCUCUUUUUUUUUUCUCUUUUUUCUUACGACUUUAUAC